AUGUACAAUCCCACAAAACCCAUUGGGGGCGAUGGGCCAGUAACCCGCUUCCGGAAAACUAUGAGAAACCUAGGUAUACCACCCAACGUUGGCGACCCACGCAAACGAAAAAAGGACCAUGAUUUGCGGAUCUGCUCCUUGAAUGUCUGCUCUCUUUAUAGAGAAGAUGCUGUAUACUCGCUGGCGGAUAAUGGGUCAAAGAAGAAAUUAAAAGCCGAAGAUAAGAACACAAAACUAACAACAUGGGGCAUUAACAUUAAAUCGCAACGCCAUUAUAUGGAGAAAAUAAAAUUCUUUAUUUUGGCUUUGGCUUUGGUGGCUGGCGUUAGCGCUCAGUAUGAUUACUCUCCACCUGUAGAGCAACCACAAAACACUUACAUUCCUCCAGCAGCUGCCCCAGCUCCAGUCCAUCACUCUGCCCCUGCUCCCGUCCAAUACUCUGCUCCUCAAGCUGUUCACCACUCUGCCCCAGCUCCAGCUCCAGUGCAACAUCACUCUGCUCCAGCUCCCCAACAACACUACUCUGCACCAGCUCCAGUGCAACAUCACUCUGCCCCUGCUCCAGUGCAACAUCACUCUGCCCCUGCUCCCCAACAACACUACUCUGCACCAGCUCCAGUGCAACAUCACUCUGCCCCUGCUCCCCAACAACACCACUCUGCACCAGCUCCAGUGCAACACCACUCUGCCCCUGCUCCCCAACAACACUACUCUGCCCCUGCUCCCCAACAACACCACUCUGCCCCUGCUCCCCAACAACACCACUCUGCCCCAGCUCCCCAACAACAUUUCUCUGCCCCUGCUCCCCAACAACAAUACUCUGCCCCCGCUCCAGUCCAACACCAAGCCCCUGCUGCUGUCCACCAUCAAGCCCCAUCUAACCAAUACAUUCCACCUGCUCCAGUUCAACACUCUGCCCCUGCUCCAGUCCAACACCACGCUCCAGCUGCUGCCCCAGUGCAACACCACUCUGCCCCAGCUCCCCAACAACACUUCUCUGCCCCAGCUCCACAACAACAAUACUCUGCCCCAGCUCCAGUUCAACACCACUCUGCCCCAGCUCCAGUCCAACACCACUCUGCCCCCGCUCCAGUUCAACACCACUCUGCCCCCGCUCCAGUUCAACACCACUCUGCCCCAGCUCCAGUCCAACACCACUCUGCACCAGCUCCACAACAACAAUACUCCGCCCCCGCUCCAGUUCAACACCACUCUGCCCCAGCUCCCCAACAACACUUCUCUGCCCCAGCUCCACAACAACAAUACUCUGCCCCCGCCCCAGUUCAACACCAUGCCCCAGCUGCUGUCCAUCAACAAGCUUCAGCUCCAGCUUACCAAGCCCCAGCUGCUGCCCCAUCCAGCUCUUACCUUCCUCCUUCUUCAGGAUCUUUGGGUGAUGAUGGUUACCGUUACAAGACCAUCCGUCGUCGCACUUUCCGUCAACGUUUCUAA